AUGGAGGGUAGGGCAGGCAAGCCUCUUGCUAAGGCUUCUAGACAAGUUGGAAAGAACCCAAGAAAGAGCAACACCAAGAAAGCCAAUGAAGUAGAUACUAUUGUUGAAUCUGUAGCAUCAGUUAGUACUACAGCUAAAACUGGACAUGUUUCUGAGGGGGUAAAACCUAAAGGUAGGGGAGCUCCGAAGAAGGCUCCUGUUACAAAUCAGAAAAUGCCGACUGCCGUUGAUAGUGAAGAGGAAGAUGAUGAGGUGCUCGAGCUGAAAGAACGACUGACAACGUAUAACAUUGAUUCUCCUUCAGAUCAAACAGGUAUAUGAUCAUCCAUGUGCGGUAAGCUUUCAGAUCAAAGUGAAGCUGAGAAUAGGGUGUUAGUUGAUUGCAAAAUUGAUAACCAGUAGAUGCACAUCCAUGGAGUUUUCGCUUGCAAUUGUUGAGAAGCUAUUUGGCUGCGAGAAGGCAUUGGAUCUUGCUAUUAAUGAGAAC